UCACAUGGGCAGGCAGGGAGUGGAUGUAGCGCCUGUAAUGCAAUUACAUAUGGAAGAGCCGAAAGCAAAUGCACUUCGACUGGGAUUUACCGGAUUGUGGAUUGCACAGAAACGUUUUAAGGAAUUAAUUCAGCGCGGACGGAUUUGUUUUUUUUUGUUUUUUUUUUUGUUUUUUUUUAAGUUGUUGUUUUUGUUUUCUUCUCCGCCUAAUGUGACCCACGGUACAUGAGUGGAGAUGUUUUUGCGGCGGAUUUUCCUGUAACACAACUGUUCCAGUCUGGUGGUCGGAAGGGAAUUGUGAAUAGUGAAACUCCGCCAUAUUCAGCUUUUUACCACGCCCGGAGUCGAGCGACUGGAAAGAGAGAGAGAGAAAGAGAAGAGGAAAACCCGAACCCAAGAUUUCAAGGCAUUCGGAUGAUCCAAAUAUAAAUAUAUAAACAUAUAUAUAUUUCCGCUGAAGUGUAUGCAAGCUCCGAUUACAGAACUUACUGUAUUAUUACACACAAAGUUAAAAACAAAUUGUUGCUUGUAAAGUGAGGUGAGAAACUUAUAAACAGUUCAUUUCGGGGAAGGAAGAAGAAACAUGACUCUGGACUCUAUAAUGGCGUGUUGCCUCAGCGAAGAGGCAAAGGAAGCGAGGCGGAUCAACGACGAGAUAGAGAGGCAGCUCCGCCGGGACAAGAAGGACUCCCGCCGCGAGCUCAAGCUCCUGCUGCUGGGGACAGGCGAGAGCGGCAAGAGCACCUUCAUCAAGCAGAUGAGGAUCAUUCACGGUUCGGGCUACUCGGAGGACGACAGGAAAAGUUUCACCAAGCUGGUUUACCAGAACAUAUUCACGUCCGUUCAAGCCAUGAUCCGAGCCAUGGAGACACUGCAGAUUCCCUACAAAUAUGAACACAACAAGGCCAAUGUAAAUAUUGUUCGAGAAGUGGACGUAGAAAAGGUUUCAGCGUUUCUAAAUCCAUAUGUAGAUGCUAUUAAGAGUUUAUGGAACGAUCCGGGAAUCCAGGAGUGCUACGAUCGAAGGAGAGAAUACCAGCUCUCCGAUUCGACCAAAUACUAUCUGAAUUCGGUGGAUCGGAUUGCUGAAACGUCCUACGUACCCACGCAGCAGGAUGUGCUGAGGGUCAGAGUGCCCACCACGGGCAUCAUCGAGUACCCUUUUGACCUGCAGAGCGUCAUAUUCAGAAUGGUGGACGUGGGCGGCCAGCGGUCAGAGAGACGCAAGUGGAUCCACUGCUUUGAAAACGUCACCUCCAUCAUGUUUCUGGUGGCACUGAGCGAAUACGACCAAGUCCUGGUUGAAUCUGAUAACGAGAAUCGAAUGGAGGAAAGCAAAGCACUGUUUAGGACAAUCAUCACCUAUCCCUGGUUUCAGAAUUCUUCAGUCAUUUUGUUUUUGAACAAGAAGGACCUGCUGGAGGAGAAAAUCAUGUAUUCACAUCUUGUAGAUUACUUUCCUGAGUAUGAUGGCCCCCAGAGAGACGCUCAGGCAGGGAGGGAGUUCAUCCUGAAGAUGUUUGUCGACCUGAAUCCCGACAGCGACAAAAUCAUCUAUUCUCACUUUACUUGCGCGACAGACACGGAAAACAUCCGCUUCGUCUUCGCCGCCGUUAAGGACACCAUCUUGCAGCUCAAUCUGAAGGAGUACAAUCUGGUGUAAACGGAUGAGACGAAACGCCUCUGCAGCUUCAGCUUGACCUUAAAAUGACACGCAGAAGCCGUCCUGGGCGACAUCGACCCAACCCCCCCCCACACACACACAUCACAGGCAAAAUUGGAGACUGAUUAACCGUUUUGCCUUUGGACGAUAAUAUCACCGAAUACAAAACUGCUCACUACUGCGUAAUUUAUUUGCACCAUGGAGCUUGUUCACAGGGUCCAUCUUGUGUUAUUAUUCCAUUUGAAAGAGAAAUGACGCUGACGGACAUUUUACGAUCGCCGUGUCGCACGUUCAGAGGAGCCACAGAGGAGUUUUCUGGUUUCAUCCCGAAAACGUGAGCUUCGCUCUCCAUGCGAGAGUCGAGGAACGUACACGCCUGGUUAAUUCACCGUUAAGAUGAUUACUUUGGGCAGAUCAUCAUCUGAGGAUCUGGAGGUUUGCUAGAAAAGUCGUUAAAUUGUCGUUUUCAUCGUAUUUAAGUACUUCAGCUGGUGACCAUUUUCUGUUCUGAGGAGACGGGCUAGGUGCAGCAAGGGGCAGGAUUUCACUCGAAAAGAUGCCGUUUGUGGUCUUUAUGAUGAUUAACAGUGAAUGGUUAAGAGUUGUGCUAGUAUGUAACAAGUGCCACACUUUUGCUUUUACAUAUGCUUCUUAUAUAUUGCCAAAGGAAUAUACGCUCCAUUAACGUUAGCCAUCCCUCUGUUUUUGUUUCCUUUUUUAAACACACCCUCUGUUUGUACUGUUUUCCAACUCCACAGCUUUAGUGUUCACUCUAGAACUGUGACCCGUCAGUAUUUCAGCCAGUUUAGCAUCGGCCAGUUUCACUUGCUGCCUGGUGCCAUUUUUUUUUUUAACCUCUCCCUGAAAGUUUUGGCACCCCUUUCACACUUUCAGUAUAUUCUUCUCAAUCAGGAUUCGCCAAUCAGUGUUUAAAAGAAGGCCAGUGUAACGAACGAUGGUGGAUUUCUCCCGUCGCUUCCUUCCAAAACUACUUCAGACAGGACGAACGCAACUUGGGACAACGCAGUCUCAAUGCCAUCAUUCAAAGCUCAUUUCAUCCUUAAUGGUUCCUUUAUAAGCUUUUGUCGAUGAAGGGCUGCUGUUGUUAAAAAAAAAAUAAAUAAUAUAAAAUAAUGGAGGUAUUGGUGAUCUGUAAUGUUUGACAUUGGAAUGUUCUGGAAAAUGAUCCAUAAUGAAGUUUUUGUUUUUGUUUCUCCCCUCAUGGGCUGUUGGUGUUAAUUUGCUGGUGUUUUAAACCAUUCCUAAAAUGACUCGAAUUAAACUUCACUUGCUUGUUA